UUUUUUUUUUUUUUGACACUUCCGGGUCUUGCGUCGCUCCGGAAGCCCGUGAGUUCCGGAAGCCUGGGGAGCCUGUCUUCUGCUAGCAGAAGCCAAGCCUCCCAGAGAAGGUGUCAGACAGUUACUGGAGCGGGGGAGUUUCGCAGGCUCCUCAGCUCCUGGCUAGUAUGAGGCAAGGAUUUCACAGAAGAAUUUGCAGCAAAAAUCCCCACUGCCAGAGCAAUAGGCUGUGAAGUCUUGAGGGAGCUGCAGGAAGGGGAAAAAGGUGAGAUCACCCCGGAAGGCAGAUGGCAUAUGUUGAGAUCUUCAAAGAAGAUAUGGCUUCCAGAGAAGACAAAACAAAGAGGACAAGCAGAGUACUGAGGAUAAGUCAGUUGGAUGCCCUUGAACUAAAUAAGGCACUGGAACAGCUGGUUUGGUCCCAAUUCACUCAGUGCUUCCAUGGGUUUAAGCCUGGGCUGCUGGCCCAUUUUGAACCAGAGGCAAAAGCGCUCUUGUGGCUUUUCUUGUGGAGAUUCACCAUCUACUCUAAAAAUGCCACUGUGGGACAGUCAAUUUUGAAUAUUCAGUACAAAAACGAUUUCUCCCCGAACCUGAAAUACCAGCCACCAAGUAAAAAUCAAAAGCUCUGGUACGCUGUCUGUACAAUUGGUGGGAAGUGGUUAGAAGAACGAUGCUAUGAUUUGUUUCGAAACCACCGUUUAGCAUCAUUUGGGAAAGCCAAACAGUGUGUGCAUUUUGUGAUUGGACUUUUGAAAUUAGCUCUGGUUACCCACACAUUUCCUUUAAUGAGUUACAUGAGGACGGCCCAUGGACUUGUCUCAGCAGGACCAUUCUUAUGCGGACAACUGCUGCUGUUCCCAUCUUACGAGGCUGUCACAUGGUGGGCAUUCUACAAACAAAUAUUGAAGAAUGAAUUUCCAUGAAUUAAAUAAGAAUCCAUUUUUUUGAAAUGAUAAGGAAGAUUCAGGCCUCAAAGAGGAAGAACAGCCUGGCGGGUAAUUGCUCCUGGAGAUGUGCCACAGCCAGACUGCUCCAGGAAGCCACAGCUAUGAAGUGAAAGGGUAGGAACUCUACAUUGAAGAAGACAGUGGCUAAAAAUAAGACCCGGUAAGACAGUCUCAGAUCAAGGAGGCAAAAAUAUACCAUCAUUUCAAAAGUGGUAUCGCAUUCCCUUUGUCCUUUUAUAGAGUGUCUCAUUAAUAUGUAUGAUGUUUUAAUAGUCUCUGUCUUGUUUUGAAAAAGACAAGUCUCUGGAGUUGGUUUCCAUUGUUACCAAUCCAUGAGAAGACUGGGUAGGAUUUUAGUUACGUAAGAAGACAAUGGAACCAUCUAAUUGUGAUUAGUCUGAACCAUACCCCCAAGAGUCCUUAAGAAGGUGAUUCAAUCCAUCUGUUUUAAGGGCAAGGAUCCCAUUACCUUAUCUGACUCUAGCAUUCUUUAAAAAACGUAUUUUCAAACUACUGAUCAGGAUCCAUUAAAGGUCAUUAUAACAUUUGAACAGGUUGCCAGGGUUUUUUUAAAGCUAAAGUAUAACCGAAUUAAGUAGAACAGAAAAUAACUUUUCUCACACAUGGAAAGAACACUGAAUUAGUCAGGAUAAGCUAAAUUAUACUUGAUAUCUAAGUGACUUUAACACAAAAAACAAUUUCCUUCUCAUUCGUACAAAGCCAGUUCAGGUUAGGUUAGCUUCCUCUAACUUACAAUUUCAGAACAUGCAAUGCGUGGUCCAAGUCAGGGUGCCAUCUCCAGCAGUGAAGAGUUUGAGAGCCAUACAAGAUACAUUCAUAGGGCAGGCCUAGAAGUGGCUUAUUUCACAACAGCUCACAUCCCAUGGGCCCUUACUCAUGUGGCCCCAGUCUACCUUUAAGGAGGUUGCACAAUACAGUCCUCUUGUGCCCACAGGAAAAAUUGUAGAAAUGGAAUUUAUAUCACAGCAUUCUGUUUGCAUGUACUACUCUUCACUGAGUUCAUUAAUGAGCUUCUGUAGAAUAUGUGAUUUAGAUAGUUUAACAAAUACCCCACCUUUGCUGGAAUAUUAAGCAAUUUUUUUUUCUCUGAAAAGAAGGUACAUUCUAUCAUUACUGAACCAAAAACAUGUUUGUUUUUCUGUAUUGAGAUUAUCCUAUCUAGCUAAUUAAAUUGAAAUGUUUUGAACAUCUGCUAGUGUAUCAGACCCCAUGGAAGAAUAAAAGAUGGAUGAAACAAUAGUUCCUCUCCUUUCUCUAUCAGUAUCACUUCUUCAGCCAGUACACCCACUGAGCUACACCAUAAGGCCUUAGAUAGCCACACUUAGAGAAUGUCUUUUGCCAUAAGAAGUUGGAAAUAUGCAAAUUUCCUAGUCUGAGAAAAAUUACCUUACUCUAAAGAAUUUCAAUUCUGGUGAAGAGUUGUUGGUGCUAGGCUAUAUGUCUGAGCUUCUGAUUCCUUCCCUUCAGCCUCUUUGGAUUCUGUAUCCUUUGUCCCUUAGUCUUUAUUACCUUGGUGCUUGCCUCUAACUAGAUUCUGCCAUGGACUGAAUUGUAUCCCCCCAGUUCCUGUGUUGAAGCCCUAACUCCCCAGUGUGAGUGUAUUUGGAGACAAGGAUUUUAGGAAGUAAUUAGGGUUAAAUGAGGUCAUAAGGCUGGGGUCCUAAUCUAAUAAGACUGGUGGCCUUAUAAGAAAAGGAAGAGAUACCAGAGAGUUCUCUCAGCAUGUACAAAUGAGGAAAGACCCUGUGAGCACACAGGGAGAAGGCAGUGGUCUGCAACCAGGAAUAGCACUCUCACCAGAACCUGAUCUUGGACUUCCAGCCUCCAGAACUAUAAAAAAAUUAUUUUCUGUUGUUUAAACCACCUGGUCUAUGGUAUUUUGUUAUAGUAGCUAUAGUGGUGUCACCUUUU